AUGAGUGAGGCACCAGAUUUUAUGGAGACUUUGGACAGCAGUGAUUGUACAGUCAUAUAUGACCGUAAACGUGAUGCCAGGGACACGUCAGAAUGCAGUGGCAACUCUUCCAGCAAAAAAACGAAAUAUGAUGCUAAAACAACACUUGAACAUUGUAGUAGUUUAUCUACUGCUCGCGCAACACCAACCAUCAUAGAGACAUUUGAGGGCGGCGCGUGCAAUACUAGAUAUGACCAAACAGAUGAAACACAUCUUAGAAAUGCUUAUGACGAUUCAACAAUUCCUGAAUCCAAUCAAGGAGCUGUAAUGCGGCUUCAAAAUGAAGUCAUCCAGGUACAGAAUCGGUCGAAUUUCCGUAUAACUACAAAAGGCGCCGGUACAAAUCUGAUGAUCGGUCAAAAUCCUAAGGUCGAGUACAAUUUCAAGGAUGGUUGCCCGGAGGCUAUCGAAGACUCAAAUCGAGAGACACGUGAGGCAGUACUUCAUAACGAAACUCAGUUGAAGAAGGCAAUAGUGGAAUCUGAGACGAGAAUAGCUGACCAUGUUGUGAAGUUAUCACAGCAAAUCGAAGAACUAGAAGAGAGAACGAAACAAAACGAGGAAAUGAUACUAUCAUCUAUCAAAAGUGAGUAA